CCGAUUCGUUGGAGCUGUGGCUCGGCUCAGGGCAUCUAACGGCCAAAAAUCCCUCGGCUGGGCGGGCUUAUAGGGUUAUAGCUCCGACAAACCCUCUCUGCUUCCCUUUUCUCUCUUCCUCUUUUCUGGAAUCAUCAAUAUGUUCUUCAAAAAAAUUAGUUUUUCUUUUUUUAAUCUUUGAUCCUCUAUCUGUCCGCAGUUGCUGUCCAAUUUGAUCUCCCUGUCCGUGUUUUGCUCGAUCCGGUUUGCGGAAAAUAGAAAGAAGAGAGGGGAUGGAUUCGCCGUAAGAUACUUGAUGAGAAAUAACUCGAGAUUUGCCGGGGUGAGCCCGACUUUCGGGUUCCGGAGUCGGUCUUGAGAGAAAUUUGGCAUUGGGAUCGAGUUCUUGAGGAUUUUGUGGCUUCUUGUUCUUUGUUUCGAUCAAAGUUUGGUUUUUGAUCCAUAUCUUGUGGUUGGUGAUCUUGAAUUUUGAGACUUUGCAAAUCUUUUGGAUUCUAUUUAGAGGACUAUGAGGAGGAGCGCCUACUAUCAGAAUCAAGUUCUUGAAGAAUCUGGAAAGAUUCGAAUUUGAUGAUACAUUGGAGGUAAAAGCUUUCAUUUUGAGGAGUUUAGGAGCUUGUUCUGGUUGGAUGUGUACAAUCCCUCUUUCCUCAAGAGGGAUUUAGGUUGCAAUUGAGCAGAGUAUUUGCGUUGUUAAAAGAUUUUGGUGUCAGGGACUUUCGGGGCAAUGCAGCUCCAUUGCCACACUUAAUAUGUCCAAUUUGUAAUACCACAGGAAAAAGGUGGUGUUUGGUUGUGCUUAUGGGCUGCAUUUGCUCAAAAGGUAUUAGCACAGAUGAGGAUGGUGAGACCCAGAAGAAAGAUCUGAGCAAGUCCUUGAAGCGGUUCGUCACGCUCUCGAAGAAGGAGGAGGUUGUGGCAGCAGUUGCGGAAGUGGUUGUUGGAAAUGAUGGAGGUUCGACGAGGCCUAGACCAAAGCCACAGGACAAUGGAUUGGGUGCUGCACUCCGAAUGUUGGAUGAGGAGGAGAAGAAAGCCAUGGUCAAUGUUGACAGGACAAGGAAAGCUGUUCAGCACCAGAGACGGGCGACUGUGGAUGUCGGGGCGAAUGGCAGUUCGACGAUCGGUAGUGAUGAGGCAGAGCCCAAUUUGGUGAUUGUUGAUGUGCCCAAUGGGUUCUCAGGGGAGCAUGAGGCAGCAGGUUGGCCUUCCUGGCUGACAUCUGUGGCAGGGGAAGCAGUAAAGGGGUGGCUACCUCGAAGAGCAAAUUCAUUUGAGAAGUUAGAUCAGAUUGGACAAGGAACUUACAGUCAUGUGUACAGGGUCCGUGAUCUUGAAACUGGCAAAAUUGUUGCACUCAAGAAAGUGAGAUUUGUUAAUAUGGAUCCUGAAAGUGUCCGAUUUAUGGCAAGGGAAAUUCAUAUUCUGCGAAGACUUGAUCACCCAAAUGUUAUAAAGCUUGAAGGUAUAGUUACAUCAAGAAUGUCAUGCAACCUGUAUCUUGUCUUUGAAUACAUGGAACACGACCUUGCUGGACUUGCAGCGACCCCCGGGAUCAAAUUCACAGAACCACAGGUUAAGUGCUAUAUGCAACAGUUACUUCGUGGGCUUGAUCAUUGCCAUAGUCGUGGGGUUCUGCAUCGGGAUAUCAAGGGUUCAAAUCUUCUGAUUGACAACAAUGGCAUCCUCAGAAUAGGAGACUUUGGCCUAGCAACAAUUUUUAAUCCUGAUCAGAAACAACAGUUAACAAGUCGUGUUGUAACACUGUGGUAUCGGCCUCCUGAGCUCUUGCUUGGUGCUACGGAGUAUGAUGUUGCCAUUGAUUUGUGGAGUGCUGGUUGCAUCCUUGCAGAAUUGCUUGCUGGGAAGCCAAUCAUGCCAGGAAGAACUGAGGUGGAGCAAUUGCACAAGAUUUUCAAGCUGUGUGGAUCACCAUCAGAUGAGUACUGGAAGAGAUCUAAGUUGCCUCAUGCAACCAUUUUCAGACCUCAAAACCAAUACCGACGCUGUUUUGCUGAAACAUUUAAGGAUUUCCCUCCUUCAGCAUUAGCUCUUUUGGAUUCCUUACUUGCAAUAGAACCAGAGAAACGGGGAACAGCAGCUUCUGCCCUUGACAGUGAAUUUUUCAGAUCAAUGCCACUUGCAUGUGAUCCUUCAAGCUUGCCCAAAUAUCCACCAAGCAAGGAGUACGAUGCUAAACUUCGGGAUGAGGAAGCUAGAAGGCAAAAAGCGGCAGUCAAAAAUAGCCGGGGAUCAGAAUCUGUAAGGCCAGGAAGAGGAGAAUCCAGAGGAAAGCAAGUGCCUUUGGAACAGCAGAAGCAACAAGCACAGACAAAUCCCAAAUGCACCAGUGAGAAGUACUGUCCACUGGAAGAUGGUGCAGAAGGAUUCCCAAUUGAUCCUCACUCAGGAGCAGAGAAUGGCUUUCCUCAAUCUGGUCAACCUGGCGUGUAUGGAAACUUACGGCCUAAGAAUGUCAAUAAAGAUGUCCGUUCCUGUAGUUCUAUGAGGGUGCCAAAUGGUCCUCAGCUUAGGACACAGAGAUCAUACAGGCCUCAGUCUGGUGCUGACUUCUCCAAUUUCCCAGCUUCAGUGGCAGCAAAAGGCAGUUCAAACUCAAGAUACGAUCGGCUUGACGUUACUGAGCCCUCUGAGAAGCAGAUGCUUGAUAGGCCUUCCUCCACUUACAAGAAAGACUAUGGAGUUGGAGGGAAGGAUUCAACAGCAAUAGGUUAUGGUUCUAAGAACAAAAGAAUCCACUACUCUGGGCCAUUGGUGCCACCUGGGGGAAACAUUGAAGACAUGCUCAAAGAGCAUGAGAGGCAGAUCCAACAAGCGGUUCGCAAAGCACGCCUUGAUAAGGUCAAGACAAAGAAGAAUUUUUGAGAAGAUCCUAUUGAGGGCCUCACUCUUUCCCAGCAGGAAUGGAAGUUCAAAAGAUAAGAGAAGCUGGUUUUGACUUACAUUCUUGAAAUGCAAAUAAUGGUAAAGCAGAAUACCUUGCAGAAGUCUGAAUCAUCUUACAGCACAAAAGCCACAUUUGUCAUCAUUAGCAAAGAGGGAAUGUGAUGUUGGAUGUUAAAUUUGUAUGGUGCAUGAUGAAGAAGCUUGUGGUGGUUCAAAUCCAGUUUUAUCUGCACUUCUACAGCUUCACCUGCUUUAUUUGUAAAAAUUAAUGCAGAACUGCCAAUUGUAUAUUUCAUGGGAACUUUAUGGGGAAGCUAUCGAAGAUAUUGAUUUAAGAGAAGGGCCACUCGGCAUUUCUUAGGCAUGUGUAUGUUUCUGAGACCAAGGAAUUGGAUCGUAGAAAGCCAAAAGAAGAGGGUUCUAUUUUCAAUUGCAUGUCAUCAUGUAUAUCACAGUCUUCUUCUCAAAAUUGAAUGAAUGUAUCCAGACAAGGCUCU